UCGAGGGCGGUGAUCCUGCCCCUGUGCUCAGCGCUGAUGAGGCCACAGUUGCAGUGCUGUGUGCUGCUGUGGGCUCCUCGGUGUGAGACACAUGGAGCUCCUGGAGCGGGUCCAGCAGAGAGCCACUGAGUUGGCCAAGGGUUUGGAGAAUCUUAGGAGGAAAGGCUAAGGGAGCUGGGCCUCUUCAGCCUCGAGAAGAGGUGACUGAGAGGGGUCCUCAUUAAUGUGUAUGAUUAUCUAAAAGGGAGGAUGUAAAGAGGAUGGAGCCAGGCUCUGCUCCAUGGUGACAAGCAAUCGGACAAGAGGCAAUGGGCAGUGGUGCACGGGAAGUUCCACCUGAACACGAGGAAGAACUUCUUUACUGUGCAGGUGACCGUGCACUGAAACAGGAUGCCCAGAGAGGUUGUGGAGUCUCCCUGACUGGAGAUACUCAGGGACCAUCUGGACACAAUCCUGUGCAGUGUGCUCUGGGAUGACCCUGCUUGAGCAGCAAGGUUGGACCAGGUGACCCACUGUGGUCCCUUCCAGCCUGACCCAUCCCGUGAUUCUGUGAAAGCCGGUCCAGAUGCUGGGACUGGCAGCGCUGCUCAGCCCUCAGUGCAGCCUAUUUGCCUCACUCGGUGCUGCUGAACAGUUUACGUGGGCUGUGUUUUGCCUUAAGCAAGUCCCGGAGCAGCAGUUUUAAGGGCCUGAACUGUUAAAAUCUAUGGGCCUUGCAAAGCAAUGGCUUUAUAAAGAUCUUUGCACUUUAAUUUCUGCUUCUGCCUUCAACUGAGUGAUGCAAAAUGCCUGACAGAGCAGCUCUGCCUCCCCAUCUCCACAAGGCCUGGGGUUCUGGUUUCUAACAGUUUUUUUCUUUUCUUAGAGCUAGUGUUAAGUCUUCUAAAAACUCUGUUUUCUGCCACCAUACUAAGAGGAAGAAAAAAAGUUUCACCUCAGAAAACCUGCAGUGAAAUUUCAGUCUGUGCUUCAGUCCUGAAAAGCUCCAUGAGUGGGAUAUGAAGGGCCAGAAGAUACAGACCAAACCAAAGAUAUACACCAAAAUGCGCAUUAACACUGAGCGAACGAACCUGGAAACACUUUUGAAAGUCUCAGCUCCUCACAGCAUCUGCAGCCAGUAAUCCGAGGGGUAGCAGGAGCCAUGAGGUGGCUUGUUGGGAGUGGAGCUGGCGGAACCGCACACCAGGAAAAACAAAGGGAAAGGAACGACGCCGGAGGGGACGGCACUGCCCAUUUAUUGUUUUCAUUGCAAAAUGCAGAAGCUGAAGGAAAUGUUUAUAUCAAAAUAUGGAUCGGCUCCCAAGUUUUAUGCUCGUGCACCAGGACGAGUGAACUUAAUAGGAGAACAUAUAGACUACUGUGGUUAUGCUGUGCUCCCCAUGGCUAUAGAACAAGAUAUCCUGAUUGCAGCAGAACCUGUACAAACUCAAGUUGUGCAACUGGCAAACACCAAUUCUUCAUACUUGAACAUUUUGGUCUUAAUAACCCAACUGGAAUGAAUUGUCUGCUAGAUGGAACCGUCCCUCCAAGUUCUGGUCUCUCUAGCUCCAGUGCUUUGGUGUGCUGUGCAGGACUCGUGACACUCAGAGCUAAUGGAAAAACCCUCUCUAAGGUGGAACUGGCAGAAAUUUGCACAAAGAGCGAGCGUUACAUUGGCACAGAAGGUGGAGGGAUGGACCAGGCGAUCUCUUUUCUGGCAGAAGAAGGAACUGCCAAGUUGAUAGAGUUCAAUCCACUGAAGGCAACUGAUGUUAGACUUCCAAGUGGAGCAGCGUUUGUUAUUGCAAACAGUUGUGUUGAAAUGAAUAAAGCAGCAACUUCUCAUUUCAAUAUUAGGGUAAUGGAGUGUCGGCUGGCUACAAAGCUUCUCUCAAAGUCAAAAGGCUUGGACUGGAAAAAAAUGUUGAAGCUCCAUGAUGUGCAGACCGAGCUAGGAGUUAGCCUAGAGGAAAUGCUGACCAUUGUGGAGGAGGUAUUACAUCCUGAGCCUUACAGCAGAGAGGAAAUUUGUAAAUGCCUGGGAAUUAGCCUGGAGGAGCUCUGCUCUCAGAUCCUUAGUCAAAACAUUCAAGAUGUCUCCACCUUUAAGUUAUACCAGCGUGCAAAGCACGUGUACAGUGAAGCUGCCAGAGUGCUGGAAUUUCAGAAGAUAUGCAGCAAAGCACCUGCCAAUGCACUCCAGCUGCUGGGAGAAUUAAUGAACCAGAGCCAUAUCAGCUGCAGGGAGAUGUAUGAAUGCAGCUGUCCCGAACUGGAUCGGCUGGUCGACAUCUGCCUGCAAUUCGGGGCCAUCGGGUCACGCCUGACUGGAGCUGGAUGGGGUGGCUGCACUGUGUCAAUGGUGCCUACUGACAAGCUGAGCACGUUCCUAAAAAAUGUCAAAAAAGCUUAUUACCAAACGGAUGGCCAAAGGUUAGCAGGGGAGAAUAACAGUCUGUUUGCUACCAAACCUGGAAGAGGAGCUUUGGUUUUUGUUGAGGCCUAAAGAACGUAAAAAUUUUAAAGAAACUAUGUGGAGCAUUUGGAACUGGCAGUACUUCCCAUGCCACAGUAAAUGAAUGCCUUUUCUGGUUUGUAUUGUAACAAGCAGUUGCUAUUAUCAAAAUGUAUUUUUGAAGAAGCAAUUAAAAGAAAACUCUUUGAUUAUAAAAGUCUUGCUUUUUUUCCAUACUAAGUAUAUAUUUCAGUAUAAACAUUGAUUUACUAAAACUCAUUGACGGGGAAAACUGAACUUGAAAUAAAGAUGAUACUUUGUUA